CACAAAUCUUAGCGUAUGAGUGACAACUGUAUUUCGAUAGUACAAUCAUCUUUGGAUUCGUGUACAUUUUUUGAUAUCAACUCUGGUACGGAGGUUGUCAGAGUUGUCGGGGGAAUAACAAUGUUGCGAAAUUCUCCAAGAAUUAGAACACAUCCAAAAAAGCGGAAGCAUGAGGAUGAUGGUGAGAACAGGCGUGAAAGGAAAGUGAGAAGAGAAAAGAAACAUUCAGAAAAUGUGAUACCCUUACAGUCACUGAAAGAAGAAGAACGAAGGCUGGAGAGACUUGUAUUUGGAGACCCAUCUGAAGUGAUUGAGAAUGUCAACCGAUGGGAAUCUGAUGAUGUAUCUCGUGUAUUAGAACAGGGUUCUGAUCCUGAAGACUCUGGUGUUGAUGAAGGGGAUGAUAGCCCAGACUCUGACAGCUCUCCAGCAUCUGAUACUCUCGCCUCACCUGAGAGACAACCUGCCUGGAAUGAUGAUGAGGAUAAUGAGAUAUGUGUCAAAGAAGCAUUGGCAAGCCAAGGACGAAGGUUGGCAAUACCAAGCACAUCCUCAGAUGAGUACACCCAUGCUCUCAAACGAAAAUUUGAAUCAGUUAUGGGUGUUCCUAAGUGGGCAGAACUGGGGAGAUCAAAUAAAAUAAAUGAUACAGAUGAUGAAUCAGAUAACGAAUUACUGCAGCAUUGUGGGAACUUCCUUGCCAAAAAGUCAUCUAUAUUACACCGGGGAACAAUAGAACUGAAGCGACUGAAAGACCUAAAUAGAGACACUUACAGCGAGGGGCCUGUAAUUAAAUCUGUACAGUUCCAUCCGUCGGCAACUGUAGCUUUAGUUGCUGGUCUGUCUGGCGUUGCAUCCCUUUUCCAGGUUGAUGGCCAUAACAAUACAAAACUACAGUCAGUUCAGUUUGAGCGGUUUCCAAUCCGCUGUUCUCAUUUUACAAUGGAUGGAGAAAAAUUUAUUGUUGGUUCUCAGCAUCAUAGUCAUUAUUACAAGUAUGACAUGAUAGCUGGAAAGAGUAUGUGUGUCAACUUGUCGCAAGGAGGUGAUAUUACAAAUAUGAAGAACUUUGAAAUGUCACCAGAUGGACAUCUUAUAGCUGUCAGUGGGAAAUUUGGCAAUAUCCAUUUCCUUUCUGCCCACACAGAUGAAUAUCUUUUCACAUUGAAAAUGAAUGGAGAAGUCACGUCAAUCGCAUUUAGUGCAGAUGGGUCACGGUUGUUUUCUCAUGGCGAUUGUGGUGAAGUUUAUGUUUGGGAUAUGGGAAGCAGGACGUGUUUGCAUAGAUUUGUUGAUGAUGGCUGCAUUGUUGGUUCAAGCCUUGCAUUGUCUCCUAAUGGACAGUACUUGGCCUGUGGGUCACGUUCGGGAGUCGUAAAUAUAUAUGAAUCAGCAAGCCUUACAUUAAGUUCUGCUCCUCGACCUGCCAAGAUCUUACUUAAUCUCACUACUGCAGUUACUUCAUUGCAGUUUAACUCAUCAUCUGAGAUUCUUGCCAUGGCUUCUGAUGAUAAGAAGAACGCUUUAAAACUGGUUCACUUCCCAUCGAUGACUGUCUUUAGCAAUUUUCCAGCAUUUGAGUCAAAAAUUUCCAGGCCACAGUGCCUGAACUUCUCUAGAAACAGUGGUUAUUUGUCUGUGGGGAAUAACAAAAGUACUGCUCUUCUGUACAGGCUGAAACACUACGGGAACUACUAAGGAAGAAAAGUGUUAUUUUAAUGAAGUCAACAUUUAUGGGAUAAUUGACUACAGAAUUGCCAUAAUUACGCUUUUCCUGCAUUUGUGUAUAUCAGUAACUCAUGUUUGUCAAAUGUGAAAUGAUCUAAGACAAAAUAAUAGUGAAUAUACUGAUAAUUACAGAACUUA